CUUUGAUGGCGGCGGUCCGCUCUGUAGUGGCGGCGCAGGGUCGCGCGCUGCUGCGGCGCAGCCCGCUAGCGGCCACCGCGUCGCGGCGGCUCCGCCAGUCCGCGGCCGUGGCCGUUCGGCGCAACUCCACCGCCGUGGCGGCCUCCCCCGCGGACGAGGAGGAGUUGCGGUGGGAGGCCGACUUCGUUGCUGCGACUGACACGAUCUACGACUCGUCGCGCUCGUUCGAGGACAGCGCGGCCGGUCUGCGCGCCCUCAUCAAGACUGGCCUGCUUCGGCACACCGACCUCCGCGACCGCCCCGAACGCUUCUUCAAGGCGCACCGCCUCCUUGCGCGCCACGCAGUGCAGCAGGGUCCCGGCUUCUGGAUCCGGUUCACGGUGCACUACAACCUGUGCUUCGGGACGGUGCUCGCCGUCGGGAGCGACGAGCAGAUCGCGGCGCUCGACGACGUCGAGGCCACCGGCCAGCUCGGCUGCUUUGCGCUCACGGAGAAGCUCGCCGGCGUGCAGUCGGGCCUGAUCGUGCAGACAAAGGCGGUAUUCGACGAGGGCACAGACUGCUUCGUCCUGUCCAACGUGGGCGAGACGGACGGGGCGUACAAGAACUGGAUCUCGCAGGGCUUCGUGGCCGACAAGGCGGUCGUCCUGGCCGACCUUUCCAUCGGCGGGGAGCGCAAAGGCCCGCACGCCUUUCUGAUGGACAUGCGCACCGGCGGGCGGCUGACAGCGGGAGUCUCGACGGGCGACAUGGGCACGAAGACUGCGGUCAAGCCCUUUGAGAUGAUCGGCCAGCGGCUGUACACCGGCCGGAUCGCCGUCGCGCAGGCCGCGCCCCAGCCGCCCUCGCAUACCCGGCGGAAGCCCUUCGAGGACACCAAGGCCUACCCGGACGCAAAGCCUAUUCUGUAUGGUACAGGCGCGCCGCUCACGCUCUCCUCGAUCCCCCAGCUCGCCUCGCUCUUUGAGGAAGCGGAGGCGACGGCCGGCGCGCUGGAGAAGUACGUGGCGUCUUGCGAGGAGGAGCUGACGCCGCUGCUCCGCAAUGGCGGCGUCCCCUACCGCCACGGGAGCGAACCCACACUGGAUUCGAGCCUCUGGAGGACUCAUUCAUUCCUCCUCUCAACGGGCGUGAUCCAUUCAGAGGUCGGCUCGUACGCGCUGAUGGGCGACUCCGGCUUCGGCUCGAUGGACUUUCUCCAGUGCUGCAAGUUCGCCGAGGGCGACAGCCGCGUCCUGAUGCUCAAGAUGGCGAGGGACCGCCUCCGCCGCUACGCAAAGGAGGCGAAGAGCGGCGCCCCGCUCCCCGCCGGCGAGGAGGAGGAGGCGGCGCUCUGCGAGGCCCUCGCCGCGGCCGUCGGAACCGCGAAGGGCGACAAGGCCCUCGAGGCGGCCGCGUGGGACCGCGAGUGGCGCGGGGUGCACGCUCUCGCCGAGAGCAUCAUGAGGCGCACCUUGGAGCCACACGGCCGGUGAGCGGGCCCAUCCAGCGCAGGAAAUACUGCACUGAUCUGUCUAAAAGCGAAUCGGAGGUAUUUUGGUUUGAGGGUAGCGGAAGGGAAGUGUGUUUUCUCUUGCAAUCUGUGAGUGCCGCUAUCCUUUAACAUCCAAAGUUGCGAGACUU